GUUAAUGUAUGAAGAAGAAGAGGAGCCCAGGGUGGCUAGCUGUAGUGGUCCAGAUAUGGCAGAGAACUGACAGGAAUGCAAACUUGGCCGCAGUAGUUAGUGAGUUAGCAAAAAGUGCCUGAAAGCUUAAAGAAGGGAUUUUAAGGCACGAAACCUCUUCAGGUGGCCUGUGUAGAGGACUGGCAAACCGGUCAAACGUCCCGGACCCUGGAGCUCUGAUAUCUGACAACCACUGCUUAGCUAGCAUUAGCUGGCUAGCUGGGGAGCUCCUGAAGAGUAACGUCAGGGCUUGUUUCAUCCAGUCAUGUCUGCGGCCGGAGACUUCGGAAACCCUUUAAGGAAAUUCAAAUUGGUCUUUCUCGGGGAACAGAGUGUGGGAAAGACAUCGCUGAUCACCAGGUUCAUGUAUGACAGCUUCGACAACACUUACCAAGCCACAAUAGGAAUAGACUUCCUGUCGAAAACCAUGUACCUUGAAGACCGAACAAUCAGGUUGCAGUUGUGGGACACGGCGGGGCAAGAGCGGUUUCGUAGCCUCAUCCCGAGUUACAUCAGAGACUCUGCUGCUGCUGUCGUAGUGUACGACAUCACAAACGUCAACUCCUUCCAGCAAACCACAAAAUGGAUUGACGAUGUGAGAACGGAGAGAGGAAGUGAUGUCAUUAUCAUGUUGGUGGGAAACAAGACAGACCUCGCAGACAAAAGGCAAGUAUCUAUUGAAGAGGGUGAACGGAAAGCCAAAGAACUAAAUGUAAUGUUUAUUGAGACUAGUGCGAAAGCGGGCUACAACGUAAAGCAGCUUUUCCGUCGCGUGGCAGCCGCCCCUCCCAGGGCAUAGGACACCACACAGGACAAGAGUAGAGAGGACAUGAUCUGACAUUAAGCUGGAGAAGCCACCAGAGUUACCUGUCAGCGAUGGAGGCUGUUCCUGCUAAUGCCGGCUCAUGACGUUGCUAAAUAUUUUCUCUUACUGGCUUUUUCUCAAAACCCUAGUUGGUCUUUUUUUCUGUAUCUCUACCCUUCAUUUGCACCCGCUCUGUUACCCAGCCUGAAAGAGAACACUACCAGCCGUUUGUCCUUUAGCAUUGUGAAGUGCUCUCUCACCGGACGCACUGAAAGUCAUAAAUCACCUUUUAUUGAAUAUUUGCACUGUAACACACAUACGUUUGAAACAGCUGUUGUCUGUCACUUCAAACAGAAAAAGAUGGUUGCAGAAGAGUUAUGAGUCACAUGGCUGUCAUGCGUUGUCUCUAAAGAUGACUUUUUGAACUAAACUCAAAGAAAGAGAACCUGUGUUUAAGACAUCAAAUCAAAGUUUUGUGUUCAAGAGUGAGAAUAUUCUUCAAAAAAAAGUUAAAUAUGCUUUAAGCUUAAUACGCACAAUGUUGGAUGUUGUGUGCAUUUGUCAGUUAACAUAAUUGGGUGCUGUUGCAAUUGAUUGGCAAGGAUUCAUUCAUGAAUUGUGUUGUGUUUCUUUUAACUGUUUGGAAAAAUUUGUGGUAAAGGUUGCAAAGUAAAUCAGUAGGGAAUACUCAGUGCUGACUCGUAUACUGUACACACACGAUGCAGCUGUGUGGCAGCCAUGAGCUUCUUUUAAACUGAUGUGUGUGCUUUGUGGUGCCUCCCAUCAGCAGAGUACCAGUUCUCCCAACAUGUACCAGCAUGAUAUGACAAGUCAACGCACGGUCACACACACCACGGCAUGGUCUCAAACCAGCACAAACACCUACUACAAGAGCAACACUAUCAUUACACCAUCCACAUCACCGUCCUUCCUCUCUUCCCACACGUGUCCCCUUGAGAUGGGUUAUUUUUACCUUGCUUCCAUUUUCUAUUACCUUUUUAUUUGAAUAGAUUAAUUAUUUUUUCUAAAGACUACAACUAUCAUAGAUUUAAAACUAUUUCUUUGAAGAUAGUGUUGAGAAGGAUUUUCUCAUAUAUUAAGAGUCAUAAUCAUAAAACCUACUGUAAACAUUAGAUGUGGAGAUAUAUGCUUUUUGGAGUUUAAGUGUAGAGGGCUUCCUUGGCUUUGGGUUUUAUAUUGUAGUUAAGUUUGGUAUGUUUUAUGAACACUUUUUCUUUUGCUUGUUAUUUUUUUGACAUUGAUCUUUUUGUUAGUGAUUAUUCUACUCUGUGUAUUUAAUCCACAAUGACUUGUAAUAUUUAUUUCUAUUGGAUUCAUGUUUCUUUUUUUUUUAUGGCUGUUAAUAUCUUCACCUUUCGGUGUGAGUCCUGAAUUGCUAAUAAAAUAUGCAUCCAUCUGGAUCACCUUUAACAGAAUCUGUAGAGACAGAGCCUCUGCUGUUCCCUCUACCACCUAUAAAUGGCAAUUUGAUCAUACUGAUAAUAAUACAGUGCAAUUUUUGUGGAACUUAUAUGGAGAGUUCUGAUUUGUAUAGCAUAGUAGCCCUUAACGUUUCUGUCUGGAAUGGUUUUAAAUGAAAGAAUAAAAAUACACUCAUCACCGCU